AUGUGUGAACGAAUGACAGCAAUUGAUAACAGCAAGAAACUUCAUUAUCACGAUGCUGUUCGUGAAUUCAAAAUAGAAGACAAUAUUCUAAUAGGAAAAGAAAUACCAAUAAAUAGAGAAUCUGUUAAUAUAUCCGAAGUGCUACUUAAAACGUUGAAGAGCAAACCAAACUGCAUUGGCCAGGUGGAUGCACUUUCUGGUGAACAGGACACUUACGCCGAUAUGAGUGAGCGCAGCAUUAAAUGCGCCCUUUGGCUACAGAAGCAAGGCGUUAAGCCCGGCGAUAUAAUUGGUCUUUGCUGUGAUAAUGACAUGAACGCAAUCAUAAUUAUGUUGGGCACAAUGUACAUAGGUGCUAUAUCUAAUCCUUGGGAUAAUGAUUUAUCUUCAAUGACAGCACGAUAUUUUCUUUCGUUAACAUCACCAAAAAUAAUUUUUGCAAUGCCGUCAUUGGUUCCGAUUUUAGAAGAAGCAAUGAAAGAGUUACAAAUGAAUAUGAAAAUAGUAGUUUCCCAUAAAUUAAAUGGAUACACAUCCGUGGAGGAUAUCUUGAAUGGUCACGAUAUGAAUGAGAUCAUUGAAUUUAAAUGUGCCAAGAUCAGCAGCCCCGACGAUGUUGCUCUCAUCUCUCUCUCAUCAGGUACUACGGGCAUGCCGAAGGGUACCGAGAUAUCGCAUUCAUCUUUAUAUAAUUGCUUACUUCCCGUAAAAGUCACGGAAUUAGAAAAUCAUACUUGUCUGUGGACACACACAUUGCGUUGGCAUUACGGGGUCCAAUUGGCAUUUCAUGCAAUCUUAGCGUAUUCGACAAAAAUUCUUGCACCCUGUAGUAUAAUACUUAAUGACGAUGAUGAAGCAAUAUGCCGGUUUAUCGAAAAAUAUCGAGUAACAUGGUUUUCCACCGAACCAGGCAUGCUAAUUCGAUUUUAUAAGAGCGAUUUACUGGAGAAAUAUAAAUUGUUGACUUUAAAAGAAAUAAUGAGUACUGGUGCUAAUUUAGGAAAGAAGCAUUGUCUAGCUUUGGCAAAGAAAUUAUCUCAUGCUUUCAUUACGACUGGUUAUGGAUCUACGGAUUCAGCAGCUGAUGUAACCGUUAUGAUCAAAGGUUGCAAACCAGGAUCUAUUGGUUUUGUAGCACCUAACGUUCGAAUAAAAGUAACGGAUGUAGAAACUGGGAAAACUUUGGGAACUAAUCAAAAUGGAGAACUACGUUUGAAACUGCCUUGCAUAAUGAAUGGUUAUUAUAAGAGACCUGAAGAGACUAAACGAGCUUUCGAUUCUGACGGUUGGUUACUUAGUGGCGACAUAGGAUAUUACGAUGAUGACGGAAAUGUUUUUCUCAUCGAUAGAAUAUCUGAAUUUAUUCUCUUCCAUGGUAUUAAUAUUUCUACUGCAGAAAUCGAGAACGUUUUGAAGACACAUCCUGCAGUAUCUCAAGUAGCGGUAAUAGGAAUACCACAUGAAAUUGCGGGUCAACAUCCAAAAGCUGUCGUUUCUCGAAUGCCGCAUAAAACGGUAACGGAAGAGGAACUCCAUGAUUUGGUAGCGAAGAACCUACCGGAAUAUUGUAAGCUUCGCGGUGGAGUUAAGUUUCUCGAUAAACUUCCACGUACAGCUACAGGCAAAAUCGCGAAGAAACAACUGCGAGAUAUAUAUUUAAAAAAUGUAGAAGAACUAAAAUUCAAGAUCAGAAUCAAAGAUAACAUCUUAUUAGGUCCAGAAUAUCCAAUACAUAGAGAAUCAGUCAAUGUAGCUGAAAUGAUUCUACAGACCCUAAAAAGCAAACCUGAUUGUAUCGGCCAGAUAGACGCUAUUACGGAUAAACGAAUCACUUAUGCCGAAAUGAGUGAACGCAGUAUUAAAUGUGCACUUUGGUUGAAAAAGCAGGGUGUGAAAUCAGGCGAUAUAAUUAGCGUUUGCACCGAUAAUAAUCUAGACGCGAUUAUAGUGUUGUUAGGUAUCAUGUAUUUAAAUGGCAAAUGCAACACAUGGGAUCAUAAAUUCUCCUUAAUGUCGGCACGAAACUUUCUCUCAAUGAUGUCACCAACAAUAAUUUUUACGAUUCCGUUAUCGGCCGCGAAUUUAACAGAAGCAGCAAAGGAGUUGAAAAUGAAUGUAAAAAUAGUGGUUUUUGGCAAGCUAGAUGGAUAUGAAUCAAUAGACGAUAUUUUGAAGGGUCACGAUAAAUGCGAAAUUUUCGAAUUCAAAUGUACUCCGAUCAGUAAUCCAGACGAAGUUGGUAUUAUUGUUCUUACUUCAGGAACUACGGGUAUGCCAAAAUGUACUGAACUCUCGCAUUCUUCUCUACACAAUUGUUUACUUCCUGCAAAUAUUGCCGAAACGAAAGAUCACGUUUGCAUAUUUACACCGACAAUACGUUGGCAAUACGGCAUUAUGCUUGCAUUUAAGAUCAUUUUAGCAUAUUCAACCAGAAUUGUUGUACCAGACUAUUUUGUAGACGAUAAUAUAUACAAGUUCAUCGAGAAAUAUCGAGUAACGUGGUUUGCUACUGAUCCAUUCAUUCUAAUCGAAAUGGUUAAAACGAAUAUUUUAGAGAAAUAUCGAUUGACAACAUUAAAGGUUAUUGUUACUGCUGGUUCUACUUUUUCAAGACACAAUCAAGAAACAUUGAUUAAAAAAUUACCAAAUGCUUUAAUUAAGAACUCUUAUGGAUCUACCGAUGCAGGAGGUUCACUUUCCAUCCAAAACAAGCACAGUAAAUUGGGAUCUGUUGGUUUUCCUUUACCUAAUGUUCAAAUAAAGGUGACGGAUACACAAACCGAAGAGGUUUUGGGGAUUAAUAAAGUUGGAGAAUUACGCAUUAAAGUUCCUUUUGUAAUGAACGGUUACUACAAGAAUCCCGAAGCUACGAAAAAAGCUUUCGAUUCUGAUGGUUGGUUACUCUCUGGCGAUUUAGGAUUUUAUGAUGAUGACGGAGAACUCUUCAUCACUAGCAGAAUAUCGGAUUUCAUUCUUUUCAGAGCAAUCAAUGUCUUGCCCACUGAAAUUGAAGCUGUUUUACAGACUCAUCCUGCGGUAUUCCAAGUGGUGGUAAUAGGAAUACCUCAUGAACUCGAUGAGCAGCAUCCAAUGGCUAUUGUCUCAAUCAUACCAGGUAAAACGGUAACAGAGCAAGAGCUAAUCAAUUUAGUGGAAACGAAUCUGCCGGAUCACUGCAGAAUUCGGGGAGGUGUCAAAUUCGUAGAUGAAAUACCGCGUACAGCUACCGGCAAAAUCGCGAAGAGACAGUUGCAAAGUAUGUUCGUAAAUUAAAUUACAAUAUACGUAUUAAAAGUUCUGGAAUGGCUAAUUAUCUCAAAAAACUUAUUUUAUUCGGUUUAUUGGAAAAGUAUUUCAUACAAAAGUUGUAGAACAACAAAUGCAUC